AUGCUUGAGGAUGGAGAUGAAGAGCUGGAGCUGAAUUUGCUGGGUGAUCAGGAGCGGCGUGAGGCCAGGCAGGGACUGGAGCAAGAGGAGGAGGCAGAGGAAUUAACGGAGCAUGCCAAACGACCCAUAUCCUCCAAGGACAAACGUGCCAUGGUUCUGUUGUGUGUUCUCUACCUUAUACAAGGAGUACCCUUGGGACUUGCACUUGGUUCUGUUCCGUUCCUACUAAAAGACCAUCUUUCCUAUUCCCAACUCGCCACCUUCGCUCUUUCCAGCUAUCCAUAUUCUCUGAAACUACUUUGGUCUCCGAUCGUUGAUUCAAUCUUCUCUCCUUACGUCGGACGUCGGAAAUCAUGGAUCAUCCCGAUGCAACUCACUGUCGGCUCUGUAAUGCUAUACAUGUCGCUGAAUGUGCAGCGGCUUAUGGACAAUCCUGAAAACCACGUCAAUGAACUCACUUUCGUUUUCACAUCGCUCGUUCUCAUCUCAGCCACUCAAGAUAUUGCGGUGGAUGGCUGGGCUCUGACCCUUCUAUCGCAUGAAAAUUUAUCCUACGCGUCUACAUGCCAGACUAUCGGCCUUAACACGGGCUAUUUCGCCUCCUUUACUGUUUUCCUUGCGUUCAAUAGCGUCGAAUUCAGCGAAAAAUGGGGCGUGCCGCAUCUGACAUUGAGCGGGUAUCUCAGGUUUUGGUCGAUAGCAUGCUAUCUAGUCACGUUUUGGUUACUGUUCUUCAAAAAAGAGGAUAAGGAAGUUGCAACUGAGGCAGAUUUGAGCAUUAAAGGUGUUUAUAAGACUAUUUGGGCUAUCUGCAAACUCAAACAUGUUCAAUCUCUCAUCGUCAUACAUUUUUUCGGGAAACUUGGAUUUGCUGCUAACGAGGCCGCGACCUCAUUGAAAAUGGUUGAAAAAGGAUUCAAACGGGAGGAUUUGGCCAUUGCAGUCCUGAUUGAUUUUCCUUUCCAAAUCAUUGGCGGAUAUCUUGCUGCCAGUUGGUCUCGGGGUGAUCGCCCUCUACGUCCGUGGAUUUGGGCCUUUUGGCCUCGUCUUGGAUUUGGUCUGAUGGCUACUUUCAUCGUGUACUACUUCCCGAAAACACCCAUCUCUACUGGAUUUUUCGUGUUCUUGAUUGUUCAUACUGUGUUUUCGUCGUUCUCUUCGACUGUCCAGUUCGUAGGCAUCUCUGCUUUCCACACCCGCAUCUCUGAUCCCCUUAUUGGAGGAACGUAUAUGACGUUACUCAAUACUUUCACUAAUCUGGGAGGGACGUGGCCAAAAUGGUUCAUUCUCAAAGGUGUGAUGUCAAACCUCAAACCCUUAUACAUAGGCGUUGAUGCUCUAAGCGUCGCAACUUGCAAAGUGACCGAAGCAGGGACAGAGCUUGCUGUCAAAGGUAGGGAAUAUAUCUAUCUCUGGUCCCAUUUGCUUACAGUGAUUUCAGCUUCUGAAUGUGUAUCUGAACAUGGUCAAGCGACCUGUCGCGAGAUAGGAGGGACUUGUGUUACGGAAACUGACGGUUACUAUAUCAUAUCUGCCGCUUGCUUUAUAUUUGGGAUAGUUUUCCUGGUUGCCUACAUCAUUCCCACUGCAAAGAAACUCCAAGAAUUGCCGCCUUUGGCUUGGAGGGUCAAGUUGUCAUAG